CAAACGCUGCGACAAAUGUCUUUCGCCGAAUUUUUGGGCUGCACAUUGGAUAUAUGUCUCGUUGGAUAUUACGUAAUCAUGGAAAUCAAUGACUUAAAAACUGCCAUAACUUAUGUCAGCUUACUCAUAUCGCUGACGUUCAACAUUUUCAUAUUUUGCUACAUAGGCGAAAUAGUGACCGAGAACUGCAGGAAAAUCGGUGAGAUGUCAUACAUGAUCGAAUGGUAUCGAUUGCCAGGAAAGAAGAAACUCUGCUGCGUUAUGAUAAUAGCGAUGUCCAAUUCCACGGCAUCAUUAACAGCCGGGAAGAUGGUGGAAUUAACUAUCAACACCUUUGCCAAUGUUAUUAAGACUGCUGUCGGUUUUUUGAAUGUGUUACGAGCAACUACAUAAGUUUGUUUCAAAGACAAUGUUAUUUAUAAUCUGUUGAUGUGUCUGCGGUAGAGGAACCAGUACUGUUACACAUAAAGAACAGUUAUUGAAUGUGAAAAGUAUUUCACACAAAUCUCGACACAUUUCAAGAAUCACACGUAGAGAAGUGUUUAAAAAUAGAUUUGCGCUGUAUUGUGCUGCUUAAUUCCUAUAUACAUAUAUUGUAUUUUGGAGUACUUACCCCUGUACCCAACUACAAUUAAUCGUCCGACACACAAAAGAUAAUAAAAAAAAUACUAUCAGAGUUUAUGCACGAAUGAUUUUAAACACUAAAAGAAAUGACAUGUAGUAAUCUUGUUGUACAUAUUUUUGUAACAUGGAGGUAGAAUAAACGUAGCAAAUACACUCGCGUGGUGUCUACGAAUCGAUCACCUCAUAAAUUGAUUAACUGGAAACGUAAUCUUCCCGAAUCGCGAACUUUGAAAAUUAAGCUUUCGAUGUUUUACCGCUAUUACU